GGAGAUUGUCUCUAUUCCAGAUACAAAAUCAAAUGAACAAUCCAAAAUGAAAAGGAGAAGAAAUCUCUACGUGUUCACUGUGUGUGUGCUCGUGUUUCUAUACUACUUCUGUGGUGUUAGUGACUAUGUGUUCUCAAGAGAUUUUGACAGUGAAUUUGACUAUCCACUCAACACGGAUAUUCGGCCAAUUGUUGCCGAUAUAUUAGCUGGUAAUAAACCUAGUGUAACCCCCAUAAAUAUAUACCCGUAUCGGUUUCUCAGUAACUCUGCCAAAUGUAACGCCGUGGAGAAACUUGACUUGUUUAUAUUAGUCAAAUCUUCUAUGAGUCAUUUUCAAUACAGGAAAGCUAUAAGACAGACUUAUGGCCAAGAGAAUUAUCUACCAGGACGUAUCGUCAAAAUCCUCUUCUUUCUAGGAAUAAACGACAUGAAAUCUCAGACGCAAAGGAUGAUAGAAAAAGAAAUGGAGGAACAUAAGGAUAUUAUACAGAUAGAUUUUCUUGAUAAUUACUUUAAUAAUACUAUUAAGACUAUGAUGUCUUUUCGCUGGGCGUACGAACAUUGCUCUACGGCAGAUUAUUAUCUAUUCACAGAUGACGAUAUGUAUAUAUCAGUUAGCAAUCUUUUGAACUAUGUAUCAGAGCAACCUCCAACAGGAAUGAGCACGACUUUUUAUGAAACCGAAAGAGACAGACUACUUUUCGCCGGUUACGUAUUUAAAUCAGCACCGCAUAGAUAUAUUACUAGUAAAUGGAGAGUGUCCAUAGAUGAAUAUCCGUGGGAUCGUUGGCCGCCUUAUGUAACAGCGGGCGCUUACGUCCUGUCUAAUAAGGCGUUUAAAAUAAUGUAUAUAGGGAGUUUAUAUGUGAAACAUUUCAGAUUUGAUGAUAUAUAUUUGGGUAUAGUCGCGAAAAAGGUUGGGAUAGAGCCGACGCAUUGUCCAAGUUUUUAUUUUUACAAGAAGAAAUAUAGUAAAGACGAUUAUAGUGAAGUGAUAGCCUCGCAUGGGUACGGUGACCACAGUGAGUUGGUGAGGGUGUGGAACGAGCAGAAUAGGAUUAUUUGAUGGAUGUUUGAUUGUGAUGGAGUCGGACAUUUGUGAAUUUAUUGUAGUGUUGGUU